GAGUCUCAGUUUACUUUAUCAAAUGCGUAGAUGCUGUGAUGGUGCUGGGAAAUUCUUUAUUCAUGAAUCAUUCCAACAAACUUGCUGUGAUAGCAAGUCACAUUCAAGAAAGUCGAUUCUUAUAUCCUGGAAAGAAUGGCAAACUUGGAGACUUUUUUGGAGAUCCUGGCAACCCUUCUGAAUUCAGCCCCUCAGGGAGCAAGGAUGGGAUAUACGAGCUAUUCACAGCAGCGAAUGAAGUUAUUGUCGAAGAGAUUAAAGAUCUCACGAUCAAGAGUGAUAUAAAGGGUCAACAUACAGAAACUCUGCUGGCAGGAUCCCUUGCCAAAGCUCUUUGCUACAUUCAUAGAAUGAACAAAGAGGUUAAAGAUAAUCAGGAAAUGAAAUCAAGGAUUUUGGUGAUUAAGGCUGCAGAAGACAGCGCACUGCAGUAUAUGAAUUUCAUGAAUGUCAUCUUUGCAGCACAGAAGCAGACUAUUUUGAUUGAUGCCUGUGUUUUAGACUCGGAUUCAGGACUCCUCCAGCAGGCCUGUGACAUCACAGGGGGACUAUAUUUGAAGGUGCCUCAGAUGCCCUCUCUUCUGCAGUAUUUACUGUGGGUUUUUCUUCCUGAUCAAGAUCAAGGAUCUCAGCUAAUCCUCCCACCCCCAAUUCAUGUGGACUACCAGGCUGCCUGCUUCUGUCAUCGAAAUCUUAUUGAAAUUGGCUAUGUCUGUUCUGUGUGCUUGUCAAUAUUCUGCAACUUCAGUCCCAUCUGCCCAACCUGCGAGACAGCCUUUAAGAUUUCUCUGCCUCUGGUGCUCAAGGCCAAGAAAAAGAAACUGAAAGUGUCCGUGUGAUCAUAAGAUUCCUGCGCCCCUAGAGCCUAUUACUAGGAAUUGUGUGGUGGGAUCUGUGUUUGGAGGCCCUGAAAAAAUACAGUGCAUAUGGAAUAAUUUUGAAUGAAGUUUCUUACA